GCUCCCAUCGGGGUCUGGCGGGGUUUGGCCCCAUGCGGAAACUCCAUUGCAGUGAAGUCAUCAAUACCAGCUAUCUUGUGCAUUGGCGCCAAGUUGACCACUCCCUUAUAUAACCAAAGCACCCCCAGCCAGUCUUCACCCACCACUAUUCCAUCCACUAGCAGCACUUGCAUUACUCCUCCCCAUCCCAAACACAUCCUUACCGCCAUGACUGCUGUGGCUCCAGACACAACCGACAUGGGAAAUGGCGACAGAUCCAGUUGCACCACACUUUACACUAUAAAUACCGCUGGCGUGCCGCCCCCUGCUAGCCCCAACCAACACCUCCCACAACAACCCCAUGGAGGUGAGCCCAAGACGCUGAAUGCUGCACCACCACGUGCGGUCCCCCCAGCUGAGCCGUCAUCGUCGUCCUCAGCCUCCUGUUCACUCACAUCGUCGUCUUCAGACCCUUAUUCACUCCCAUCUUCAUCGCCCAGCUCGUUUCUCUCACGUCUUCGUGCUGAAGCCUCCACCAAGCUCAUCGAUGAGUUCACCCCUGCAUUUUUCAUCCCCACCAUGGGUGUGGGCGUCUGUUCCAACCUUCUCUAUAACUUCGCCUACCCUGGCCACUGGCUCCGCAUGUGUGGCUGGGUGUUUUUCGUGACUGCGUUUUUGUUCUGGGUGGUUUCGCUGGCGUUGUUUGCAUUGCAUGUCGCCCGUCACCCUGAAGACCUCAAGCGGUACCACACCGACCCCAAGCUCGCCCCGUUCAUGGGGUGCUGGCCCAUGGGCAUGACCACCAUCAUCAACUUCUUGGGGUCCGUGUUGCACCCGCACCCCCGUGGCAUUCUCGUGGUAUACGUGCUAUUCUGGAUCAUGGUAGCAACCGCGUUGUACAGCGUGUGUGUGAUCUGGUUCUCCACCUACCUCGCCAAGCUGGAACAUGGCGCUGCUGCUCCCACGUCGGUUGACCAGCUUGGCGAUCUCCGUGCCACCCUCCUUCUUCCGGUGGUCACCCUCAUGGUGGCUGCUUCAUCUGGCGCCUUGUUGGUGCCUGCCAUCCCACCCAACCUCCAGGUGCCCACUUUGGUGGCCAGCUUCAUGCUCUGGUCCAACGCACUCGUGUUGGCGUUCAUGGUCACUACCAUCUACAUGUGGAAGUUGGUGUUGUACAAGAUCCCCUCCACCGACUUGAUAUUCACCUCGUUCCUUCCAAUCGGGUUCUUGGGCCAGGGCGCCUACGCCAUCAUGCUCAUGGGCACCAACAUCAACCAUCUCGUGGCCCAUGGCACCCCCGACCUGCACUUCUUCAAGUACGUCGACUGGUCCACCACCGACCCCGAGGCGUUCAAGACCACCAUGGGCAACGCAGCCGUGUUGGUGUGCGGGCUCGUGUCGCUCCUUUUGACCUCGUUUGGCUACUUCAUGACCUUCGUGGCCGUAGUGUCGUGUGUCUCGAAAAUCAGGCCUUUUGCCAAAUCUCCCAAUACUGAGCACACCCACCCCAAAUACGGCAUCAUCAAGUUCAACCGCGCUUUCUGGUCCAUGACAUUUCCGUUGGGAACCAUGUCGUUAUCCAACACCGAGAUCCACCGGGUUUUUGGCGAUGGGCUUGUGUUUUUCCAAGUCAUGGGUGCCAUGUACAGCACCACCGCCAUUUUGAUCGUGAUGGGGUGUCUUUCGGGAGUGGUCUAUGGGUUCUACAAGUCCAUUAAAAAAUGCAUACAUGUCCCUUCCGUGGAGGACAAAGUUUAAUAGAAAUAAAAGUAAUGAAGAUAUGUAUUUUGCAAAGGAGUAGUGAUAUGAAUGUAGGCUGGGUGGGUUUCUCCAAUUGUAAUAUAAUGGAACUGUUAAGAUUGUAUUUUCAAGAGUAUUUUCGAAGGAAGAAUUGCUGUAGGGUAUUCUUCCAGCAUUAUUAUUGAAUGAAUAAUAACAAUUGCAGGGUUUUCACCCCUGUGAAUGUGGUGGGAAUAUGAUUUACCCCAGUUGGGUACAAUUGUUAAUAACGAUUCUAUUUUUGAAGCUUUUCAAAUUAUUCACGAUAUAUUAUAUGAUAACUUGACAUAUUUUUUUUGAGUAGCUGAUGAAUGUCUUCGAUGCCAUUAUUCUACAUCACCAAU